CCUUAGGGCCAUUUGAUUUUCAAUUAAAUUGAAAAUCAAAAAUCAAAAUUUGUGAAUAAUUUUGAUUUUCAAUUCGAUUUGAAAAUCAAAAUUCAAAAUUCAGUUUAAAAUUUCAAAAUUCAAAAUUCAAAAUUCAAAUUACGUGCAAAAGAUCAAAAAAACAGAAUUCAAAUUAUAAUUUCGCAAUUUCAAUUUUUGCUGGGUCAACCAAUUUUUUUCAUCUUCACAAAAAGAAGCUGGCCACCUGUAACCUUUGUCAUAUUGUGAAAUAUCAUGGACACAAACACCCGGCUAUGAUUCAGGACCUUUGGAAAGAGGUCACAGAACAAUUUAUACUUGACCCCCUGUUAGGUUUGCGCAACUGUCCCGGACUUUCAACAUCUUUCCUCGGGUGGCCAAUCAAACUGAAUCUUAAGGGCGAACAAUUGAUUUCUGUUCUGAUUGAUGCAAUCGUUUACUCAAGGUUUUUACGCGCGUUUAGCCCUCAGAUGUCUUAACGCGCCAAAAUAAUGGAUAACAUUGACCGAGAUUACAUUGUAAAUGUGGCUAAACAACAUAAAAACUUCAAGGAAAUUAGCGAGUUUUUGAAAGCGACAAAUCCUGGUGUUCGUGGAUUUUCUGAACGUUCGGUUAAACGUUACUGUUCGAAACAUGACAUCCGCCUACGUAUAAACCAACAAAAAAUAGAGAACAUCGUGGCUUCAGCUGUUAAAGAGGUAUUGACCACAUAUUGCAUGUUUGACCAAGUUCGGGUGGACCACGGGAGAGAAUUUUUUCUCAUGCUGGGGAUGCAGGAGUAUCUGGCAAAUAUUCGUGGUGACCAAUUAAGUUUACCUUAUCAACAAACAGAAUCGAAAAGGAAUCUACCAAUUGAAAGAUUUUGGGUUGAAGUUAAUGGUCGAGUUAAUUAUCCAAUCAAAUCAAUACUAGUCGACAUGGACAAUUCAUUGAUUAUAGACAUGGAUAACAAUAUUCAUAAGUUCUGCGUUUCUUUUGUCACCUGCAAAGUUGCAAACUUUGGGCUGCAAACAUUGGUAAGAGCCUGGAACUGUCACCCAAUACCUGGUAGAGGAGUUCCAUUGAAUAUUAAAGAGAUGACAACUCGAUAUCCUCCAGUGCAGCAGAGUAAUGUCCCAGACACCGCAACAGCUAUGCAAAUAUACAACCAAACAUAUCAAGGACGGAUUUCUGAGCCUAACCAAUUCGGUGACGAUCCUUUAAAAGACCAUCCACAGUUUUUAGCUAAUCGAAACAGAGAGUUUAAUGAAAUCUGUAAUAUUGAACAAAUUUAUAACGAUGUUGUGAACGAAAAUGAUAGAUCGUUUCCAGGGGCGGAUCCAGCCUUUUUUUAGACUUAGUCAAAAUAUUGCUGCUGCGCAGCAAUAUUUGGCCAAAGUCUUGAAUUUAGCAGCUGGGGGUCCUGGGGGCGCUGUAAGACCCCCCGUCCAGGUGGGGUCAGAAUCUUACACUAAUUUAAGCUUUGCGGGUACAAAAAUCGCCGAAAAAUGUCUACCGAUUUAUCUAGUUAUUAAUAAAAUUGACGAAAAGAAACGAUAAGCUAUAAGAAAAUCUCCAAGAACAUUUUUUAUAAGAAUCAAUUCCGUCCUACACGUCUUAUUUAGGAUAGAUAAAGGCACUAAAAUUAACAGGGAUUAACUACAAUAAAGUGAGACAAUUGUGAAUAUAUUUCAAAUUUAUAAACUCUUGCUGUUUCUGCCAAUAUCAGGCUUCAUCAGCAUGACUAGGUGAUCACACCAGCCAUGGACAGCAAAAUAAAACACAAUCAUAACAAAAACAAUAAGAAUAUGGAAAGAUCAGGAUAAUGAAGAUGAAAUGUACAUACACGUGAUAUGAUACAUACACCUCAACCCAUGUAUUUAUUCAGAUAUACUUGUUUAUUCAUAGG